AUUUGGACGCUGCGUCCGUAACUUUAGGAAAUGUUGCUCUUUAAAUAGUUUUAUAUAUUAUUAAAGAUAAAAAGUGUGAUGGCCGUGAAUGCAGCUGCAGGAAACGACAUGUCUGACAGGCGCGCAGGUUGUUAAGAAAGACAGAAGAAGCGGAUCAGUUCCCUGACAGUCUGAACCGAGGGAACAGCGAAGCCUGAAUCCACGCUUCCUGGUCUGCAGGAAGUUUGGGUCUUUUUUCUUCUGCGUGCAUCGUCUUGCCAGUCAUCUUGUGUUUUGAAAUCCCCAGAAGAAAGAAGCAGCUCCUGAAGAUUGUGUCGUACCAAGCCCUCUCUUUGUAGUUGUUUGGCGACACACUUCACAAAACGAACGUAGGAGACGAAUGAAGCAAAUUUUACGAGAUGUCGGCUGGCAGCAACACAUUCGAAGACGUGAAAGCAGUCGUCUUAUCCGCUCAUGAUAACGCUACAUACGAGGUGGACUUCUACAGCUCCUGGGCAGAGAACUAUGACAAGGAUGUGGCUGUUCUUGAAUACCGUGCACCGACCCUCGCAGCAAACAGCAUCUCCAAGCAUUUUAGCGGUGACCGGGAAAAAGCCGUCUUGUUGGAUGUGGCCUGUGGGACAGGACUAGUGGCCAAGCAGUUGAAGAAACAUGGAUUUGGACGAUUUGUGGGUGUUGAUGGAAGCGAGGCGAUGCUGGAGUUGGCCAGAGGGACUGGUUUGUACCAGGAGCUGAAGCAGUCACUGCUGGGCGACGAGCCACUGCCGGUACACUGGGCGGAUUCAUUUGAUGCGGUUCUGAUGGUCGGAGCGCUCUGUGGUGGUCACGCCCCGGUGGCUGUGGUCAGAGAUCUCUGCAAAGCCACUAAACCAGGUGGCUACGUUUGCAUGACGACCAGAAGCAACAUUGACAAUCUGGAAUACAAAUGCGCCCUGGACCGCGAGCUGAAGCAGAUGGAAGAAGAGGGGCUGUGGAUUUGUGUGGAGGUGAUUGAGGUGAAAGACUGGGAGAGGUCUGUGUCAGAGAAGGAGGGGCGCUACGUAUCCGGUGUUGUGUACCUCUAUAAGAAAAUCUAACACAGUACCCAGCAAACAUGAGUUCUUAACAGCCAAGUUCAAAAUUAAAUUACUCACAAAGAUACAAAAUAUUCCAAUAAUAGAAUAAUGAAUUUCACCCAAAAGAAGAGUUACAAUAUAUUUUUUCAGACCCAAACCUGAGAAUGUGAAACUUCAUGAUUAUUAUCUUUUAAACAUAUUUUUCAUCAGGAUUUCCCAUAAUGUAACACAUUCCUGCACCACCAGCACAAACUCUCUAUGAGAGAGGUGGACAGGACACUAAAGAUGUUGUAGCUGGUCUGGUUCAGAAUCAUGCUGAGCAAGGUCAUUCAGAAAUGACCUCCAUAUAUCAGAAACCUUAUUGAGAUCUUCUGUAAUAUACCAGUGAGCUAAAUUAACUAGGUGUUAAACCGAGGCACAGUAUCUGACUCCAGCCUUCAAAUUACCUCCUUUGUCUUAUUACCAUAAUAGGUCUUUGCGCGUAGACACUGCAGUU